AAAAAGAGUAUCUAUAUGUAUGCAUAAUGCUCACUGUCCAUCCCCAUGUUCCAAUUUCGAAACAACAGAGAUGUUAACCCGACGACGUCUUCUAGCUCAGCUCUUGCUCGUCACGCUCUACGGAGCCCUAGUUUCCUCUGAGCAUUUGCUGGAGCCCGGCUACUCUAUUUCCACCGUUCUCGACUUCAACAAGCCGCUUCCCUCGGCCGGCCUCGAUGUCUCCGGCAUCAUUCCCUUCGCCCUCCAUCCUCUCACGCGAUCGCCCAAUCUUCUCCUCCUCCUCGACUCUAGCAACUCUGCCUUCUACUCCCUAGAUCUUCCUCUCUCCCAAGAGAGCCACAUUAGGCUGCUUUCUGGGAAUGGAACUACUGGGUUCUCAGAUGGUGAUGCGAUUUCUACCAUGUUCAAGCGACCUCGGAGCUUCGCCGUCGAUUAUAAUGAUAAUGUCUAUGUGGCGGACCGGAUCACUCAUGUAAUUCGGAAGAUUAACGGCCAUUCUGGUGUGACUACCACAAUAGCUGGUGGCUACACACAGAAAGAAGGUCAUACUGACGGGUCUGCUCAAAAUGCGACUUUCUCGGCAGAUUUUGAUCUACUUUUCAUGCAUAAGAUGUGCUCCUUAUUAAUUUGUGACCGUGGAAACAGAAUGAUUCGCCAGAUGGAUUUAAAGCCCGAGGAUUGUGAAGAGAAACCACAGUCAAGUAAAGGUCUGGGAGCCAUCCCUGUGUCCGUAAUAGCAGCUGUAGCUUUGCUGUGUGGGUUAGGACUUGGAUUCAUAGCUCGUCCAUUUGUGACUUCAAGUUCUACUGAAGCCUCCGUGAACCGCUGCAUACCCCACUUACUGAAUCAAAUCCAAAUAACUCGGAUGAAACCAGCACCGACGCUCUGCUCCGUCAUCAGAAGCGCAGUUGCUAGCUACAAAACCCUUCAUCUUCUGCUGUUUAGAUUUAUUAACUUCAGCCUUGGUUAUAUCCUUGUGGUGUUUAGAAAUAUUAGGUUAGAAGCACUAGCUCAUCGUAAGGAAACCGUUUCGUUACUCGAUGCAGAUUUCGAAAGCAGCAAUCAUACAUUGAAGCUACAACAAAUGAGUGAUGACAGGAAGGAUUUAAUAGAUUUUGAAGAGGAACUUAGUGUUUUGGAUUUGAGUUCUUCAGCUAAUCAACAUGUUGAGACUGAAGAAGCUUCUGGAAAGAAUGUUCAUGAUGCAGAAGAUGAAGGCAAUACUAAUGGCAAGGUAGAUGAUAUGAUAGUAGCCAACUUGCUGGAUUUCACUGCCCAAAAUAAGCAACAAUCUCUUGUGAAGAGGAGGCUGAAUGGUGUUCAUGCUCUGUCCAUUUAGCACCUUAUUGAAUUUAAGUUGUGGUUUAUGGGCUAUUUAUUAUGAGAUAUGUAGGAGUGCUUUUAUUUUGAAUGAUUGCUGCAUCGAAGUUUGUAUUAUGUUAAUAUGAUAUUGUGGUCUUGGCUAUACUGUUUAUUAUGUUCUUAUAAUUUGUUUUGGAAUAUGUGCACUGUGCAUUAAAAUAAAAUUUUAGUUUAACAAA